GGGGGCGCUUACAACUUGCCUUCCUUUUUUCUUGAUUUCAACCAAUUUACACCAUCGCCACUGUCUACCCGUGUGGCCGAGCGGCUAUUAAGCAGUCCUUUCCUGCUGUUCACACGCGCGCUUCUGGUUUCGGCUACCUGCAGCGUCGUGUCUCAGAAACGGCUAUUAGUCCCAAACUCACGGCGCUUAACUAAGGUCACUAUGGGCGAACGCACUAGCGUGUUAGACACUGCGACACAGCCAGCUAUAGCUGAUUCACUGCCAAAGACGGAUCCUGAAAAAGCUAUAGAGGAUGCUUCCUCAGAACCAACAGAUGCGUCACCGACGGCCCCUCCGCCGCCGCCCAACGGUGGCUAUGGCUGGGUCUGUGUUGCUUGUUGUGCUGUAAUCAACGGCCAUACAUGGGGUCUCAAUUCUAGCUAUGGUGUCUUCCUCGCCCAUUACCUUAAAAACGAUACCUAUCCUGGUGCAUCUUCUCUCGAUUACGCCUUUGUCGGCUCGCUCAGCAUCGCCUGCGCGUUGCUCAUCUCACCGCUGGCUACCGUCGGUGUUCGCAAGUUUGGCUCCCGAGCUACCAUGUUUGCUGGCGUUUUGUGUGAGGCUGUCAGUUUGAUAUGCGCCAGUUUUGCCUCAAAGAUCUGGCAUUUAUUCCUUACACAGGGCGUGCUGUUUGGCAUUGGCAUGGGCUUGCUGUUUGUGCCAUCGGCUGCUAUCCCUCCACAGUGGUUUACAACGCGACGAUCUCUUGCGAAUGGAGUCUCUGCUUGCGGCUCUGGUCUAGGUGGCGUUGUGUAUUCCUUUGCUGCCGGUGCCAUUAUACGAAAUCACGGGGUGUCUUGGGCCUUUAGGAUACUGGGUAUCAUAGCAUUUGUCGUCAACGCUGUUUGCACAUAUCUCAUCCGAGACCGAAACAAACUGAUUGGCUCGUCACAAAUGGCAUUCGACUACAAGCUUUUUCAGCGUCCCGAGUAUCUCCUGCUGCUCGCAUUUGGAUGGUUUAGUAUGCUGGGCUAUGUCGUCCUCAUUUUCAGUCUUGCCAACUACGCCAACGAGAUCGGACUCGGCGCAUCGCAGGCGGCUCUCAUCAGCGCCAUGCUCAACCUCGGUCAGGGUAUUGGGCGUCCGUUUGUCGGCUAUUUCAGUGAUCGCACAGGCCGCAUUAACAUAGGGGCAUUGCUUACAUUUGUAUGCGGCAUCCUUGCCCUUGCCAUCUGGAUAAACGCAAAGGUGUAUGGUGUGCUUUUGUUUUAUGCCAUCAUUUGUGGUACAGUCGCUGGAACGUUUUGGACGACAAUUGGCCCUAUCACGGCCGAAGUCGUCGGGCUCAAGCAUGUACCAUCUGCCCUCAACAUAAUGUGGCUGGCUAUUGUUCUGCCAUGUCUCUUUAGUGAGCCAAUUGCGCUUCAAAUCGUCAAAACAACUGGCGGCUAUCUAGGGACGCAGAUUUUCACUGGAGUCAUGUACGUGGCCGCGGCUGCGUGCCUCCUUAUUCUCCGUGGCUGGAAGAUAGGAGAGGUCAAUGAGAUUGCCAGGGUUUUGGAUGAAGCGCCUGAGCAUAUUGAUCGGGUAAAGAUUGAAAACGACGAAGAAAUCAUUAAAUCUAGCCGCAAGGUUGGGCGCAAAAGGAUGUUGCUGGAGUGUGCAAAGCCAGCCAAGGUGUAAAACAUACACGCUGGUUUCAUGAGACAUGAUUGAUUAAUUUAUAUUUCACAAAUGCAUAAUUCGAAUCUAAUCAUACAUAAUAUUUGUUAUGUGCCAAAAAUAUAAUCAAGAAUUAUCCUUUACAGGUUUACUGGUUACAGUAACGUAUUUCCUAUC